GAAUUUUGGCAUAUAUUUGUGUAUGCGCGUGGAAUAUAUCUUCGCCAUGUAAAUUAAAAUCCCGUUUGGCACGUUUCCUUCCCUACAUAAAUAUUUCCAUUUAUCCAAAUAUUGAAUUAUGGGAAUAUUUAUCGUAAAUAAUUAAGGUGGACCGCCUCGUAAAUGAAUUAAAAUUGCAAUUGGUGGUGCUGCAGUCGUUUUCCUUCUAGUGUUUCCGCCCCCCAUCUCCCACCGUCUAAGACUAGCCGUCUUCUUCCCAAUCCCCUCUCAUCUCAUAUAAACUCACACACACACAGUCGCUGCUGCCUUUAAUCAAUUUCGGAUAUUUUUGCAGAUUAGCGGCCCAGCCUGAAAAACCCAAGCAUGGUGAGUUCGGUAGUGGGAAUGCGGAGCGAGGAAUUCGGGCCGGCGUGGCUGAAACCAAUGCUGAGAGGCGAAUACUUCAUGCCUUGCGCGAUUCAUGUGGAUUCCAACAAGAGCGAGUGCAACCUCUUCUGCUUGGACUGCAUGGGCAAUGCCUUGUGCUCUUACUGUGCUCUCCAACACCACAAGGAUCACCGCCUUGUUCAGAUACGGCGAUCUUCGUAUCAUAAUGUGGUGAGGGUGAGCGAGAUUCAGAGGUACAUCGACAUAUCUUGCAUUCAGACAUAUGUCAUCAACAGCGCCAAGAUUGUCUUCUUAAAUGAAAGGCCGCAGCCCCGACCCGGCAAAGGCAUCACCUUCACUUGUGAAAUCUGCCAUCGCGGCCUUCCCGACUCUUUCAGAUUCUGCUCUCUCGGCUGCAAGAUGAAUGGAAUGAAGCGAGGCGACAAGGAGGUGGCAUUCAUGUAUGAUUAUAAAGGCAGGAGGCCUAAUUAUGUGUUUACUGAGAGCAGCAGUGGGUCAGGGGAUGAUGAAUAUGAGGGUGGCGGCGGAAACAGCAGCCUGUCGCCGACCACUCCGCCAUUAUACAACCACUCCAACUCCAGCCGCAGAAAAGGCGUCCCCCACCGCGCCCCCUUCUAAUUUAUAACUAUACACACACAUAAACAUACGGCCGUAUAGUAUCUCCAAUUUAUACAUAUGCAAGUUGUGAUUGUAAAUAUUACACUCAAUUAGGUUAGCUGCUGAAAUGUAAUUAUGUUUGCUGUUUCUGUAAAUAUAUACCACAGAUGCAUAUAUACUAUAAUUAUAACUUAGUUAUGCAUCAUCAA